CUGCACAACUCGGUUUCAUUUAAAGUACUCCGACUGACUACUUCUAGUCACUUGCAUCAGCUUACCAUUGGACUUUCAGGGAAGAAUCCGGAAGUGAGCUCUUAAAUCAAGAAUUAAAAGGGUGGAUUUGUCUUGUCAUGAUGGCUGACCACGGAGAACCUUGCGGAGCCCUGGAGGCCUCCUACUGCCUGCACGGGGGCACCUGCUUCAUGAUCCCUACUGUGGUCACACCAAACUGCAAGUGCGCCCCCAACUACAAGGGCAACAGGUGCAACGAGAUGCAGCUGCCCAGCACCUCCAUGGACGCGGAGCGGGCCGGACUCAUCGCCGCCGUGGUCAUCGUCGUGCUCCUGAUUCUGGUGAUCCUCGCCGUCGUCAUCUACUACACGUGCAAAGUGUGGAAACGGAAACCAAAGACCACCCAGAACACAGAGUACUGGAAAGUUGCACGGAGAGUAUGAGGUUGGAAUUUGAGGGUGAGGGGGGGUGGUAUCUUUUUUUGGGGACACACAUACACUGACUGGCAGCGUCAGUUCGGAUUCUGCCGAAGACGCAGUAAUGAGGAACUGUCCCGAGCAAUCUGCAAAGCGUAAACAAGUGCCCAGGAAACCCAAACAGACAUGCCCCAUCUCCACCUCAGCGAUCCAUGUACAUCAGCCUCAGGCCAGGCCCGGCCGCGCCCAGAAACUCUGAGAGGAACCGGCAUGACGUUCAUUCCCCCGAAGCGGAGCAGAGGACUUUCACACGGUACCCCGAAUCCAAUGUCUACAUGGGUCAAGCAUAUGGUUUUCUGUGCUUCUGUAUAGGUCACUUUCUUUUUGAACUUGACUUGAGAAAAAAACAUUUCAAAUAGCCUACAGUACUGUGCAAAUGUAAAACAAAUUCCAUAAAGCAAAGGUGCUUUAAAAAAUAUUUGUAAGUCUCUAAAUAUAAAAAACAAACAGAAAAAAGUAUUAUGAUAGUGCAGUAAACAGUUAAAAACUAAAUCAAAUCAAUAUUUGCUCUGACAACCCUUCCCUUUUAAACCUGCAUUAAUUCUCUUAGGUACACUGUCCUGCAGUUUUAUAAGAAAAUCAGCUGUAUCUCCAAACAUAUUGGAGAACUCGCCAAAGUUCUUCUGCAGACUGAGGCCGUAGUGCUUGUUUCUAGCUCUCCAAGUCAUCCCAGAAAGCCUUGAUCAAGUCUUUAUCUGUAAAGAGGUUCAUUAUAUUUAUUGAAACUACAUAAAUUUAUCUAACAUUUUGAUCAUUUUUUGGAAAAUUAAUAUUUCAAAUGUCAAAAAACAAAAUUUCUCCUGAGAAAUUAAUGUAUUGUAAAAAAUAGUAAAGUAUUUAAAAAUCUAGGGUUCAGAAGACUUUUGCACAUUACUGUUUGUCAUCUGCAAACUCAUUAAAAUGUUGCAAAUGCUCAACCAGAUGUUAAGAUUAAUUAAUGUUCUGAUUAUUAUGGGUUAUUCGCUGGCAUAAGCUGAAUGAGGUUACAAUGGAACCAUUCAAUUGACUCGACCAUGUCUUUGAAUGCAGGAAACCAAAUAACGGCAAAUAUUGUAAAGUGUAGAUAAGCAUUUCCUUGGAAUAUAUUUAUAGGUUCCAAUGUGGACCUCAAUGUAUCUUUUUGUUGAGAGUUGUACAUGAAAUGUGCAGCCCUGUCUGACUUCCCUUUGAGUCUCCAAAUGUUUUGUUUGGCAGUGGGACUAUUAACAGAAAUGCCGUUUGUCUUGGACUCUGUUCAAAUACUUUACUGACACUUGAGAUUAUUAAAUAAACACAGAGGUUCCUGUUUAGGGUGACCUUUUAAAUCAUU